AUGGCGACGCUGGGCCGGCCCUGCCGCGGCGUUGCAGCUCCGGCCGCCGAGCUCCCGCAGGCUGCCCCGGAGCGCCUAGGCCUGCCCGGAGCCCUCGGCCUUGGGCCGCUGCCGCCGCGGACGGUGAUGAUGGUGGGGAGCGGCUCGGCCGACGUGAGUCUGCGGAACAGCCUCGGGCUCGGCUGCCUGGUGCCGGAGGGCCGCGGCGAGGGGCGGGCCGCGGCUCCCGGGCCUCCCUUCAGCGGCGCCCGGCGCUCGCCUGGCGCCCUGCAGCCGCGCGCCCGCGGCCCUAUCUCUGUUCGCUGUGGAAAGAAGCAUAAACUAGAAGAAGAGGCAGAAGGUUGUCCCAUGAAGAAGAAGAGACUGACAGGAGCCAAAAUUUCCCCUUUGAAUCCCAACACUGAAGAAUGGAUUCUCUGUGCAGGUCAGCAGGCAGCUGGGGAGGUAGCAAGUCAGUAUGGUGGCAGCCGCCCUGAAGCUGCCAUGUUAGAAAUUCCUGGUGAAGAAAUGGAUCAGACAAUGGGGGAACAGCAAUGCGAGGUUGCUCGCAGGAAGCUUCAGGAGAUUGAGGACAGGAUAAUUGAUGAAGAUGAGGAAGUUCAUGCUGAUGGAAAUAUUAGCAAUCUGCCCACUCUUAUCCUGUCAGAUACCCUUAAAAAAGGGAUGAAGAGGGAUUUUGGUGAAGUCCUGACAAAGAAAAUAAUAGAAUCUAUGAGCCGUCCUUCUAUGGAGCUGGUGCUUUGGAAACCUCUUCCUGAAUUUCUCACAGAUAAACUGACGACUGUUUCCGUCAAGAACUUCAAGCAGCAAAGCACAGAAGGUUGUCAAGCUAAGCAAUCAUCACUUGGAGCUGCUUUUCACCCACAGACUGACUCAUUCCCUGAACCACAACAGACUGUAGUGUCUCCAAAUGUGUAUGACACUUUGGAGAUCCAAGGGUGUGCAGAAGAAGAAAUGGAGUUGUAGAUAUCAGGUUUUAGACUGGUGACUUUCUAAUGUUUUUUGUUGUGCUUUCCUCCCCGCACCCAAUUCAUUGUUUAUUUCUGGUUUGAUGUGUGAACCUGGAAUUUUAUUUUCUUGUUUGUUUUCUCUUGGUAACAAUCACAUGAAUAUAGAUUGACCAGACACAGCUUCAGGAAACUGAAGGAACAAAAAAAAACCAAAAAACUUCUGUAUUCUGGUCUGUUAUAUAUACUUUUUCUUUUAUGUGUGUGCAUGUGUGUGAAGGAAAUCCAGAGGAACAAAGAAGUGGCUUUCCAAAUUGUUUAAUGGGGAAAUACCCUCUUAGUUGUCCCUGGCAAUUCAAAUUCUGAAUGUAACUGUGGCUCCAGUCAGAUGUUUCACUUACUGAGCCACUGAGACUUCAAUGCAUAUACUGUGCUUGGUCAGUUACUUCUAUCUGAAUUAACAAAAGUAUUGAAAGAAAGGAGUACUUCUGAGUCUAGUCACAGGUCAAAAAAUGCAAACCCUGUGGAUAACAACUUUUUUUUUUUUCUUCCACACCAUUGUUACUUCAUAUGCAUCUGGUUUGUGUUUGACUUAAAUGUAGAAAUGAAGCAUUCUGCACUGUAGUAGAGAAGGAAUGUCAUAGCUGGCUAUAAAGCUCUUAUUUUGAAAAAAGUAAUUUUGGAUACUGACUUGCAAGAUUACUUCUAACUUUUAUCUGCUUUGUUUCACUGCACUGUAAAAUUGUACUUGCAGGUUUUUGGUGUCACUCAGCCUUUCAAAUGAUGCAAAAUCUAGAAAAGAGUAUUGCCAGCCAAUUGAUUCACAACAUUUUAUGUUGUGCAGUGGUUCUUUAAGUUGAAAAGUGAAUUGAAGUCAGUGUAACUUUUGAUAAACUAAGUGGUAUGCUUUAGUUCUAAUAAACAUGGUAAGUAAAUGGAUAAUGGAGAAGUGCUUUGGGGGUAAGGAAGGUUAAAUACUGCUCACCAUGUGUAACUGAGUCCCAAACUUUUAAGUGUGCCUGCUGGCUUUGAUGGUGAAGUGGAUACUUGCCUUCUUCCUAGUAAAACUAGACAGUCUAAGCCAGAGCAUGUGCCAUUAAUGUAUAUAGACUUAUGCCAAAAUAACAUCUCAGUUUAUGGCUUUAGGAAAAGGAACUGCCAAUGAGUUGCACCUUUCUUCAAAAUGUAACAUCUAUUACAUUUACAACCUUUAAACAAAGCAAAAGUUUUUAUCUUCUGCUGAGUCCACAAGCUUUCUUGGAGAUGUCUGAAUUGAGAUUCUUUUUAAGAAAUUCCUUUUCCAGUAAUAGGUUCUGUUGGGAGCAUUACCAUACCAGGCUGCUCUUGACUUCCCUCUAACACAGAGAAGCAGAUAAUAAAUUGAUCUUUCAGUAAUGCAGCUUUUGCCUUAGAAAAUGCUUUUUACUCUUUGCAUGGCUUCUUGAUAAUCUUUGUGUUUGUGUGGUUGUUUCUUCUUGUUUUAAACAGUUGAAUAACCCAUAGUUGAUAAUUUAAAAUCAAGCUUCCGUUUUUGCACUUACCCUUUCUUCUCUCUCAGUUGACGGACAAAACUUCUUUAUUGGAAAGGUAUUUUUGACAAGCAUGUUUGGGUCAAAGGAGAGGAGUCAUGCAUUUGUUAAAUGCAAUUUGUCUUGCUGUUUUUGUCAAAAGUUGUGUAAAAUCUGCAGUUCCUGCUAAACGUUUUCAGAACUGCACGAAAAUCAUACCAGCCUUUUGAUAGGCGUUAGUCUGGAACUUCAAUUGGACAAUACGUGCAGCUUUUUCCUUUCAGUCUCUGCUAUAAAUCUCUUUCAUGCACUGUGUAAAAUUCUCUCAUGUGAGUAUUGUUGAACUGCUAAAAUUGUUUAAAACUUGCUACAGUCUUCAACUUGCUGUGUUGUUCAAGUUAUGAUGGAAAGCAAUACAAUUUGGAGAAGACUGUAGUCACUACGGGGAGAAAAUAUGCCUCUAAAUACCUAAAUGUUUUUAAGUUUGCAGGGUUAUAGUGAAAGUUCAAGGCUGGGACUUUAUUGGGUGGCUUUGAUCUGAAAUGAGUUGAAGAGAAAGGAGGAAAAAAAAAAUGAUUUGAGAAAACCAUCUUAACAACACUUAAAUUAUGGCAGAGGAUAGAAAACUGGGAGGCCUAAAUAUAUGAAAUCUAGAUGCAGGGUUUCUUCCCUUUGAAAUGUUAAAUGAUAAAUCAUAGGAGAACAUAUUUAUGUAGAUGUGUUAAAAAUGAUUUUUUCCUGUUAUAUUUGUACUAAAGGUCAACUUUCCUCUUAAUCCUUUGAUGCCAAUGCAGUAACUCCUGUCAUUCUGCUGUCUGAAACAGGAGCUUAGUGAACUAUUGACAAAGACCAUAAGAUGAGAGAAAAAUGUCUUAAGAAAUUUACAUUAGUACAGAUGCUUAUUUUAAAUCUUUUCUAAUUCCUUUGUGCUCCUGUUUUAGAGGAGAACAGCAGAAUCUCCUUGGGGAAGGGGGUAAGCGCAGCAAAUGGAAUUAUUAUGUGGGAGGACUGGACAUUUUUUUUUCUGUAGCCAUGACUUGGAGAAUAUGAGACGGGAAGGCGACCAAGUCUUUUCAAACUUCUUUGUUUCUGACAGUUCAUUUGUUGUUGGCUUCCUUGCAAGACUUUUAUUGUUUACAAGCAAGAUGGCACAUGUGUUGCA